AUGGUCAUCAAGGAACUUUUUGGUGACGCGACCUCUACCAAGGUCCACAUCAGCCAAUACGUCAAUUUGGCGUUGCUUGUUGAUCGACUAGUCAAGUGUGGGAAAUCUUUGGUGAAGAAAGAUGCCGCGGCCGAGGCUCUGAACAGCUUGAGUGCGUACUACCAACGCUUUAUCGAUGAUAUCACCAUCGAGGUAGUCGAGGAGAAGUUGCUUGCUGUACUGUCGGACCUCCUCUCGCGUGUCGUGGUAUCGAACAUGGCAGACGCUAAGCUCGAAGCGGUAGCUGGGAUGUCUAUUGGCAUAGAUGGCGUCUUGAUUUUUGUUUUCAUGAUUACUGUUGAAAAGGCACUCUGA